GCCAGAGGUGCAGGCGCAGCAGGAGCCCAACGCCAGUCCCGCCUCUGCGCUGCGUCCGCCGGCCGGGAAAUGCUCCAGGCUCCGGCCAAGGCCAGUGCGGCCCUGGUGCCCCGAGUGGCAGGCUGGGCGCGGACCAUGGCCUCCCACCGGCUGCUGGUGGACGCCCCGCAGGCCCUGCUCAAGCCCCUGUCUGUCCCCCAGCAGCUUCUGCUGGGGCCCGGCCCCUCUAACCUGGCUCCGCGCGUCAUGGUGGCCGGCGGCCUGCCGAUGAUCGGGCACAUGCACAAGGAGAUGUUCCAGAUCAUGGAGGAGAUCAAGGAAGGCAUCAAGUAUGUGUUCCAGACCAGGAACCCCCUCACGCUGGCCAUCAGCGGCUCGGGCCACUGCGCCCUGGAGGCCGCCCUGGUCAACCUCCUGGAGCCCGGGGACUCCUUCCUGGUCGGGGUCAACGGCAUAUGGGGGCAGCGAGCUGCGGAAAUUGGGGAGCGCAUCGGAGCCCGCGUGCACCCGAUGACCAAGGACCCUGGGGGCCACUACACGCUGCAGGAGGUGGAGGAGGGCCUGGCCCAGCACAAGCCCGCACUGCUGUUCUUGACCCACGGGGAGUCGUCCACCGGAGUGCUGCAGCCCCUCGACGGCUACGGGGACCUCUGCCACAGGUACCAGUGCCUGCUGCUGGUGGACUCGGUGGCGUCCCUGGGCGGGGCCCCGCUCUACAUGGACCAGCAAGGCAUCGAUGUCUUGUACACCGGAUCCCAGAAGGUCCUGAACGCCCCACCAGGGACCGCGCCCAUCUCCUUCAGUGACAGGGCCAGGAACAAGGUCUACACUCGGAAGACCAAGCCCUUCUCCUUCUACCUGGACCUCAAGUGGCUGGCCAACAUCUGGGGCUGUGACGGCAAUCCCAGGGUGUACCACCACACGACCCCCGUCAUCAGCCUCUACAGCCUGAGAGAGAGCCUGGCGCUCAUAGCCGAGCAGGGCCUGGAGAACAGCUGGCGGAAGCACCGGGAGGUCACGGCGUACCUGCACGGACGGCUGCAGGGGCUGGGGCUGCAGCUCUUCGUGAGGGACUCGGCGCUGCGGCUGCCCACGGUCACCACGGUGGCCGUUCCCGCCGGCUACGACUGGAGGGACAUCGUCAGCUACAUCAUGGACCACUUCAGCAUGGAGAUCACGGGCGGCCUUGGGCCCUCUGUGGGGAAGGUGCUGCGCAUUGGCCUGCUGGGCUGCAACGCCACCCGAGAGAACGUGGACCGCGUGAUGGAGGCCCUGAAGGAGGCCCUGCAGCGCUGCCCCAAGAAGAAGCUGUGACCCACCACGGGCCCACGCCCGGCCCACGCCCGGCCCACACCCGGCUGCAGGGGCCCAGGAGGACCCAGGGCCAAACAGACUCUGCGUGGCCAGUGGGCCCGGGGACAGCAAAGGCAUUGACCCGGCCCAGGGGGACAGGACCGGCGGCCUCCCCGGCCCAGGCCUCCAUGUAGGGCCUCCUGGGGACGGGCACUGAGGCCCAGGACCCUUGUGCCUUCCCCACGAGUGGCAGGCCACGCAGGCCACGGGGCUUCUGGGCACAUUCAAUAAAGAGCGGUCGUCACCUCGCCUCA